UUAGGGCAAGCCCAACAACGAACUGGGUAGCUCGAAGAAUCCCCCAUUCGCCAACCACCAGCCCACCCAGCCCGAGUCCAGUCAAAGUGGAAAGCUUCACAGUUCACAGUCUCUCCUUUUCAGUUUUCACCUUUCACCCUCCUUCCUUGCUUGACUUACUGCCAUGGAGGAAUCUCAAUUGGAACUUGACGAGAAACAAUGGGGACCCAUGGUUGCAGACAAAGUGUUUUCACUCUACAAAUCACUUCCCAAGAAAGGGAAGCCUCAAGGACGUGAAGUCACCGUUUUAUCCGCUUUUCUUCUCUCAUCUCCCUCUCAAGAUACGGAAGUGAUUGCAUUAGGCACGGGAACAAAAUGUAUAGGCCGCUCAAAAUUAACCCAUAGUGGUAACAUUGUCAAUGAUUCCCAUGCUGAAAUUAUUGCUCGCAGAGCUUUAUUAAGGUUCUUCUAUGCAGAGAUUCAAUGUCUUAAUGAUAACAAUGGUUUUCAAAACUCGAUUUUCGAAUCGGAAUUGGAUGGUUCCGGCGGAAUAAAGUAUAAAAUCCGAGCAGGGUGGAAAUUACAUUUGUACAUAUCUCAAUUACCAUGUGGGGAUGCUUCACUUUGUCUGGUACCGUCUUCUAUCGGUGAGCAUGGUCGGUUUGUAUUUAAGAUUUCUGUGAAAUGGUUAUAUCAUACGUUAGUUUUGAUAGUAAUAUGUAUGAUCCUCGUGCCUUUGAUUGAAUCGGUACCACCGUUUUCAGAAGGUUGUUCAGAACUAAUUGGAUUGGUUCAAAGGAAGCCUGGUCGAGGUGAUACAACAUUGUCAGUUAGCUGUUCUGAUAAGAUAGCUCGUUGGAAUGUUGUUGGUGUUCAAGGGGCUCUGCUUUCAUACUUUCUUCGACCUGUUUACCUGCAUUCUGUUACUGUCGGAAGAUCUCCUUAUGUUUCCGAGGAUGUUUGCUUGGUGAAACAAUUGAAAAGAUCCUUGUUCGAGCGGGUUACACCAUUGUCAAAUGAGCUUAUAAAACCUUUUGAAGUUAACAAGCCGAUAUUUUCUGCGGCACCGGUACCACCAAAGGAGUUUCAACAUUCUGAGACUGCUCAAGCCACCUUAACUUGCGGGUAUUCUGUAUGCUGGAAUAAAUCGGGGCUGCAUGAAGUUGUUCUUGGAACUACCGGACGAAAGCAAGGGACAUCUUCUAAAGGGGCAGUUUAUCCAUCGACGGAAUCAUUCUUGUGCAAGAAGCGACUUUUGGAAACUUUCAUAUCAUUGAGGCAUGAAUGCAAAAUCAGAUGCUCAUCCAACGAGGUUUCUUAUCGAGAACUCAAGGACAGGGCUGAAGAAUAUAGCUCAGCUUCCAAACUCUUUAAGGGAAGACCUCCUUUUCGGAAUUGGCUAUUGAAACCUGUAAACUUGGAGAAUUUCUCAAUUAUUCGUAACGAGGGCAAUUAUCCCUCCGGCAACUCAUGUGACUUUCAAGGGUGAUCGUUUGGUUGAUUGCUUCAAGCGGAUGUUGGGACAAUAGAGUUGGAUAUAGAAGAGAAACACAUGUCCGAUCAAAGCCGUUGGAUGUCUGUAUUUCCAUCUAUGUUGUCGGAUUUCUUAAAACACCCCUUUAUCAGUGCAUGGUGUUUUUUUAGGUGAAAGUAUCUGAUACAUCCUUUUAUUAGAGGGUUUGAUUUAAAUUAGUCUUUAUACUAUAAAAUAGAUCAAUUUAGUCCUUGUAUUAGUUAAGUCAAAUUUUAAUAGAGUUAACAUUUAUGGUUUAAAAUGUCAUUUACUAUUUAAUAAGUUAAUAUUUUUAAAGCUUUUAUGAUUUUGCAAAUGAAAUUUUUUGUUUAAUAGCAUAAAA